AUGGAGCGAGGCAUCCAACUCCUAGAAAAGGGACAGAACACACAGGUCCUGGGAAACACUGCAAAGAAACUAGCAGAGACCCUCAGUGAUGAGCUGAAGAGGAAGCAGUAUGACACGUACGGUUCUGCCGGUCCGGGCGGUAGUGGGGCGGGGCAGCACCAGUACUGGAGAGGCGGGGCCACCGUGGACCCAGAAGAGCUGUUCAGGAAGAUCUUUGGAGAGUUCGCAGGGGGGCGUGGCUUCGGCGACCUCAACUCCAUGUUCGAACAGGCACCUGAAUUUGUGAUGGAGCUGACGUUCUCACAGGCUGCCAAGGGCGUGAAUAAGGAGAUAACGGUCAACAUAGAUGACGCCUGUCCACGCUGUGAUGGAAAAGCUCAUGAACCGGGAACUAAAGUGUCACAUUGUCACUACUGCAAUGGAACAGGCAUAGAGUCUAUAAACACCGGUCCGUUUAUGAUGCGCUCCACGUGUAGGCGGUGUGGUGGGCGGGGCUCUAUCAUCAUCACACCUUGCAUUAUGUGCCGAGGAACUGGACAAACCAAACAGAAACAGACCGUCAUGGUACCUGUGCCUGCAGGUAUAGAAGAUGGACAGACAGUUAAGGUGCCAGUCGGGAAGAAAUACAUUUGCAUCACAUUCAGAGUCCAGAGGAGUCCAGUGUUUCGUCGUGAUGGUGCUGAUAUCCACUCGGAUGUGAUGAUUUCAGUAGCGCAGGCGAUUUUAGGAGGAACAGCCAGAGCACAGGGCCUGUACAGCACCAUCGACAUUGCGAUUCCUCCAGGCAUUCAGACAGACCAGAAGAUCAGGCUGGUAGGAAAAGGCAUCCCACGCAUUAAUAGCUUCGGUUAUGGAGAUCAUUAUGUACAUAUCAAAAACAAAAUUCCUAAGAAACUGACAAGCAGGCAGAGAAUGCUGCUCUUAAGUUAUGCAGAGGAUGAGAUGGAUGUGGAAGGAACUGUUACUGGAGUAACCAGACCAGCCAAAGGUAGUUCUCAAGCCGGACAGACCUCAGAAUCAGGGCAGAGCCGAGAGGAAGAGCCAGAGAAAGAGGAAGGGGGAUUUUUCUCUAAACUGAAGAAGAUGUUCACCUGAAGAUCAUAGAAUGCAGCAGUCUUGGGAUUGUUUUAGUGUACACUUGGCCAAAGACGAGAAGUAUGAAAGGAGUACAUGAAAGAAGCGCGCACACCCAGCAGAGGACUUCUCCAAUAACUCCACACCAUCUCCAGUCUGCUCAGAUUAAUUGCUGAGGCACAUCAGAAUCAUCAGAAAAUUAUGGACUUAAAAUGAAGCUUUCAGAAUCUCAGCCUGAGGAUGACAUCUUAACCUUUCUGUGAUGUUUGGUGUAUGCUGAUGUUUUAAUGGGGAAUGUCUGAAUAAAUGGUCACACAAGAAAUCUGUUUUGUUAUACUCUAUUACUUCUGUAUAAUUUUAUAACAUUUCUGUUUGUUAGCAUUAAAACGAUGAAUGGCUAUAUU